GCACAUAAUCUUGUUAAUUGUAUGUUUAGAUAAACGAUAUGAAGUAAUUGGUCAUGUUUUACAUAUGAAAUUUGGAUCUAAUAUAUCUUUAGCAAAUAAUGACUGCUGUUUCAAAACAAGUGUUGAAAAUAUCAAGUGUGAUGAACUAAACACGCAACUUUUGGACAUAAGUUUUUAGUCAUUAAACAUACAUGUACGUACAAACAAAGGAGACAAGCGAAUUAUCAAAGCAAUCUUGACCUUUUCAGAUUGUAGGCCAACUCCACAAGUGAGCACAGUAUGUUCUACUCAAUUUUCUUUGCGGUUAUUGUCGGAAUAUGGGCUUUUUACUUAGUUUUACGAAAACGCACCUUGAAAGGAAACGUCAUCCUAGGACCAAAAGGCUUUCCACUUAUCGGCUGUGUUAGGGAAGUUAAUGAGGACAAUAUAUGUUUUAAGCUUACCGAAUUUGCAGAAACCUUCGGGGACAUCUUUCGUUUUAAAAUGUUUUCAGACAAUCUUGUAGUGUUAAAUAGCCAAGAAAUGAUACAAAAAGCAUUUGCUGACGACAAGUACAAGCGGCAUUUCAAUGAUCGAGCAAGGAUGUUCUAUGGCGAAUAUUUUCGUUUUCAUAACCAGUCGUUAGGUUUUGUAACAGAAGGAUUCGGAAUGUUUCACAAAGUAGCACGGCAGCAGUUUGUAAAGGCAGUACAUACGUAUGGCAGUGGGCUUAUGGACUUAGAGAGAAACGUUAUGAAAGAAAUGAAUCUUCUUGUGAAUCGGAUAGAAAACAUGCCGAAUAUGACAUUUCAAUGUAUGGACCUUUUCAAAAGGUCCUUAUCAAAUAUUGUUUCUCUUGUGCUUAGUGGUGAGCUUAUAAAUGAUAAUGAUCCGGAUAUAGACAUCUUCUGGCGGCAUGUUCGAGGAAAUGACUUCUUCCUUAGUUCAGCGACAAAUUCCAUCAUGACCUCAUUUCCUUUUCUCCGAUUUCUUCCCGGGAAAUAUGGCGACGAAUACAGGAAUUGUAAGCAGGCAAACGAGAAAAUUCGACAGAAGUACUUCUAUAAACUGAAGAAUACCUACAUUCCUGGAAAAUGUCGAGGACUCGUUGAUCACUAUAUAGAGGAACAACGAAAAGAAAUGGCAGUCGGAGGCGAAAUUUUCUUCACUGAUGAACGAAUCAUUGCACAGAUAAUAGAAAUCGUAGAUGCAGGUAUAAGUACGACGUGGUCUUUUCUAACUAACUCAAUGCUAGUGUUAUUGAAUCAUCCAGAGAUUCAAGCCAAGAUACAAGCAGAAAUUGACACAGUUAUUGGAAAGGAACGGUCUCCUACCUACUCAGAUAGGAACAACUGUCACUACCUAAGGGCGUUUGAAAUGGAGAUACACAGAUAUCUUACCAUUGCUCCAUUCUUAGUGCCACAUCUCUGCAAAGAUCAUGUAGAGUUUUGUGGAUAUGACAUUGAACCGAAAAGCCUGAUUCUAGCAAACAUAUGGUAUGUCCAUCAUGAUAAAGAAGUUUGGGGAGAUCCUUGGACUGUCAGACCAGAGAGGUUCUUAGAUGAACAGGGAGAGCUCUUACCUCGAGAACACAAACUGUGCAAAAGCGUUUUAGCCUUCGGGUACGGACAACGUCAAUGCACAGGGGCAAUGUUUGCUAAAACGCGUGCUUUUCUGUACAUGGCUACCUUGUUGCAGCGCUGGUCGUUUGAAUUUCCUAAAGAUAUGGAAAGAAGUUGUGAUCCUAGAACACCCGACUCGUUUGACCUGAAGGGCAUUAUUAAGUCCAAACCAUUUCUCUGCAUGGCAAAAAAGCGUUUUCAACAAUGAGACCUCGGCUAAAACCUAUUGACAUUAAGCACUUGUUUGUUCAAAUUACGCUAUUGUCGUGCGACGUGUUCCACUGAUUAAAAACUUUUUAUAUAAUCCUGAAAUAAAUUCUUGCACAUUGUACAGCCUGAAACAUGUAAUUAAAUGCCAAGUUCAAUGAAAUACUUUCAAAGGAGACUAGUAUGUUUCCAAUUAAAAGUAGUUACAAUUAAUUCUUGAAGUUGUAUCAAUAAUUCUGGUUUGUUAAACGUUUAUUUUUUGAGUUAAUUGUAUAUUUUAAUUUGAAUGUCAUUGAUUAUAUUCUUAUUUGAAUGGUUAUAUAUAUAUUCUUUUAUUGGCGCUUUUUUGGUCUUUUUGUUUUAGUCUGAUUAAGUAAAAUAAUAUUUUUAUGCUCAGUUCUUACAUGUAAGUAAAUUUGUCAAGCCACAUUAGUAUUUUAAAUCAUUUGAGUGGUGUCAGGACCAUGUAUAUGUUGUUGUCAUUCUUUUAAUCAAAUAAUUCAAUUUUAAUAAAUCUGUCUAUGAAAGAUUUCAGCUUGAAUAAAAUAACUAAUAACUAAGCUGAGCCUGCUCUUCUUGAUUAUUAUUUUUUUUGCAUUUCAUGCUUCCAAAAUAUCUUAUAUCUUAUAGAUUUUAUUAUUCGUCAAAGUUUUCUUCACAGGCAUUUCAAAGAGGUUUGCUGCUUUGCAUUCAGGUAAAACGUUAAAGCAAAAUAAGUUCAAAUUUUAGGCGAUAGGCGCUCAGAUGUUUAUAAAUUAUAAACUAACACAAUAUUUAUAUUGGUCAGUAACAAAUUACACUGUUGGUCAAUCUGACUAAAGUACAUAUCCUAUUACGCUACGCUUAGGAUCUGAGAACGAGCUAUUGAUAGCCUCGUUCUGACGACCCUUUCGCUAGCCAAUCAGAGCUUAACUUACAACAUUUUGCAAAUCUAUAGUUAGCCUUGAUUUUUUUAUAUUUACAAUUCUUAUGUCGUAAGGUGUCAGAUAGCCGGUUAGCUCAGUCGGUAGGCCACUUGCUCUGUAAGCGAGGGGUCACGGGUUCGAGCCCUGGAUUGACUGCACAUUUUUCUUACUCUUUGACAUUCGAACAAGUCGUCUGAUUGGUUAAAAUAAAAAAUGAUUUGUGAAAAUAAAAAUAGCAAUAUUGGAAAUCCAAAAUAUACAGAAGACGAAUGUGAAUGGGUCAUUCUCAUGUCCUAGUUUAGAAGAUCAAGUACUUUAGUCAGAUUGCACUGUUGGUGACACACAUACCUGAGGUCGUCUUUGUGCCCUCUGAGUUUUAUUUUACGAUAUUUGUAAUUUUUAGAUUUGCUUUUCUUCCUUUUUUGUUCAGUUUCUCGAAUUAAAUUAAUUAACGUAAAAUCCAAAUGUCAGGAAGUGUGGACUCAUUUCGGACUCAUAAUAGAUACUCAUUCGUUUUCAGAAGCAACUAUUUCUAAAUUGACUUGACUUCGAAAUCGGACAGGGGUUCUAUUUAUCUCAUUUGUCCUGUUUGUAUGUUUGUACCAAUAAUGUGAAUAGCUAUUUGGCUGGUGAAAUAUCACAUUUUUAUAUCACUACUAAAAUAUGUGCUUAUAGCUCUGUGUUGUUUUAUUUUUCUUCAGCUUCACCAGUAAUUGAUUUUUCAUUAAUUUACUCUAAAAUUAAAGAAGAAAGGUAAUAUUUGUAAUGUUUUUACGCCCCAUUUGAAGGUAAACGUUCUUUUUAGCUAAUAGAGAAGGGACAUUACAUUUUAACUUAUAGAGCAUAAGGAGACUUAGACAAAUCUUUGCAUUAGAACGUAAUAUAUUUUUGAACAAAUUCAUCGGGCUUUUAUGUAUUAGCUGGAAAAAAACUGUUAUGAAUUACGAUUUUGUGGCAACAGUUAAAUCUGUUUAUUAUUCAUCUGUCUUUAAAUGUAGUUAAAAAUCCCUGAUCAUUGUACAAGAAAAAUAAUCGUCUUUUACAGAAGCACAAAAUAUCUCAGUAAAGACGUACCUACGCGUGCUGUAUCCGAAAAUAUACAAUGUUUCUAGGAUUUUUGUAACCGAACAAAAAGAUUAUACUCAUAUGGUAUGGAUAUUGAUAAGAAUAUGGAAACACUUUAGAUAAAGGUAGACUAGGCGAGUAUCCGUUAUCGAACAAAGAGCCACAUGUUCACGUCUUUGGCCAUACGGAAAUUUCCGAACAAAGAAAAGACGUGAUACUUGUACAUAUGACAUAAAAAUAAUGCGUAUUUGCAGAACUUAUUUAGUACGAAUGAACAUCGAUGAUGGAUAAAAGUCUCUAUAUUACAACACAGUAAAAUCUAAAAGUCAUACAUAUCCAAAGGUCAAAAAUACUCACCGCACUCAGACAAAUCUGAUUGAACAAAAAGCCAUUGUCUUAAAUGCAAACGAAUGGAGUAUCGUGAAUUCAGCCUAGCGAAACAUUAUUUUUAAGUUUCAACAUUAGAAAUGCAGCAUUUGUCACUGCAGAAUAUUUGAAUCGGAACACCUCUUGAGUGUAAUUUCAUUAUUAUAAUGAAUGUACUGUCCUGAAUAUUUUAUUUUAGUUGUCAAAAUUAUGACAUUAUCUUGCAGGAAAUUAUCAUCGAUAUAUGUAACAAAGCAAGUUGAUUAUUUUAUUUCCAUAAUUUUCAUUUGUUUACUUGAGUAUUAAUUUUGGUGCACGGGACUGCCGCGAUACAGAGCGCAAGGCAGUGUUCUCAGUGUCAGUUUCAUGUCUUCUUAUCUUAUAAUAUAAAGAGUGAUAAUUAUUCAUUUUUAAAACAUGCUGAAGUUCAAACAGAUCACGCUUUAUGGUCACCACUUGUGGUCUAUGGUUGGCUGGCGUUAUAUGGAAUGAUCAUAAUAAUUAUGCUAUUCUUUUGUCACAGUAUGUCUUGUAGUAACUAUUUGUUAUAUAACUUUUUUAUCAUAUAAUACUAACUGAUUUAGUCGUCAUCCAUAUAUUAUUUAUUUGAUGUAAGUUUUGUUUUAUUUACUUUUUUUUCGAUUCGAGUAAACAUUUAAUCUAGCGUAGCGUACAAUCCGUGUAUGAUAACUUCAGAGUGACGUUUUGGACGAGUCCAAGUCAGGAGGGUAAUCGAUAAUUAUCACUAUCUAAGUACACACUUUUAUAUUACACUACUAACUGGAACGCUUACUUUGAAGUAGAAGAUUAGUACCGGUUGUAGAGCGUUAGCCUUACAUUUGCGAUUCUUUUAUAUUUCCAUUGUCGCGCUGGUUCGAAUCUCACCGUGAUUUAUACUUUUUUUAAAUCUUUGCUUUUUAUCUAUGUUUUAAUUAUAUGUUUUUCAAAGAAAAUUGAAAAUAUUCAAAAUGCAGUAUUAAAACAGCACUAUGGUAUACAAUAACGAACUGAAAUAUGGAAAAAUGAUGCUGCUUGAAAUAACCUUGAAUAGUUUGUAGUAUGCAUUAAGCAUCAUUCUUUUACUGAACAGUGUUUCUCUUUGCAAAAAAAGACGUGGACGCCUCGGACAUGUUGACUACACUAAUACUGGCAAUAUACCAGAGAGGAAUUUAAUCUGCACGGAAUUUCCGAGUGUUUUCGUGACUAUGCAUUCAUAAUACGAUGUGUUUACACAGAGCUGAUGCCUGGUCCCCUUUAAACAGAAAUUAAUUCAGUACUAUUUCUAUCUAAAUUUAUUCCAGGAAAAAUGAAUGAUUAUGGUGGUUACCCUGAAAGAGAAACAAACAAACAAACAAAAAUCGCUUUCCUUGAUUCGAACCUACGGCCCGCAAAAUUCGAUAUUUCAAACACCAAUGCUUAACCACUGAGCUAUCGGGACUGACAGACGUGUUGCAAUAAAAUAUACCCAAUACUAUUGUUUAUGUAAGCUGCUUUACCUAUUUUGUUAGUUUUAUAAGUCCAGAAAACAUAAACAAACGUGACGUCACUCCGAAGUUAUCAUACACGGACUGUAUUAAGUUGUAUGUAAAAUCGAUUCAUAUGUUGGAACUAAUCACGUUUCCUUAUUCAAAUUCAAGUAGUUAUAAAGUUGUAUCAAACUUUUGGUGGGUCAAUGUCUGUUUUUAUUUUCAUUAUAAUUUUCAAUAUAAUAAUCUGGGAUUCUCUUGUGCGCCUCGUGAGAUCCAUCUGGAAAACUCCACUCGAGCCGAAUACAAAUCUCAGAUCUAUAUAUACCUCCACAUUUUUGUCUGGUGUUUUGUUAAAGAACGAAAUCUUCAAUGUUUAUCGAUGUUAAAAUGUCGAACUAAGAAAUGUUUUUAUUUGCGCUAUUUAUAGUUUUUUUUUAGCUCACCUGAGCAAUGUGAGCUAUUGUGAUCGCUCGAUGGCCGGUGUCCCUCGUCUAUCUGUCGUCUGUCUGUCUGUCGUCUGUCAACAUUUAGCUUGUGUAUGCUAAAGAGGCUGCUUUUUUAAUUGAUCUUCAUGAAAUUUAGUAAGUAUGAUUGCCUUGAUAAGUACGAGAUCGAGUUUGAAUAUGGAUCAUCUGGGGUCAAAAACUAGGUCAAGUCAAAAACACUUGUGUAUACGAUAGAGGCGGAAUUGUUUCAUCGAUCUUCAUGAAAUUUCGUCAAGAUAAUCGCCUUGAUAAAAUUUAGUCGAAUUUGUUUUAGGGUUAUCUUGGGUUUAAAAGUAAGUCACUAGGUCAAAUCAAAGAAAAACCUUGUUUACAGAGGCUGCAUUUUUCAAUUGAUCUUCAUAGAAUUUAGUCAUAAUGAUUGCCUUUAUGAACUCAGGUCGAGUUCGAAUAUGGUUUAUCUGGGGUUAACAUAGUUCACUAGGUCAAAUCAAAGAAAAACAUUGUGUAUGCCACAGAGGCUGAAUUUUUCAAUUGAUCUCACUGAAAUAUGGUCAGAAUGAUAUCAUUGAUGAAAUCUAUGUCCAAGUCGAAUCUAGGUCAUCUUAGGUCAAAACCGAACUCAUUAGAUGAUAGAAAAACAUUGUUUAUGUGAUAGCAGCUGUAAUUUUCAAUUGAUCUUCAUACAAUUUGAUCAGAAUGAUUGCCUUAAUGAAAUCUAGGUUGAGUUUGAAAAUGGAUCAUCUGAGGUUAAAAAGUAGGUCACUAAGUCAAAUGAAACAAAAACCUUGUGUAUGCGGGAACAGGCUGUGUUUUAAUUAAUCUUCAUGAAAUUUGGUAAGAAUGAUUGCCUUGAUGACUUCUAGGUCGAGUUUGAAUAUGAGUCAUCUGGGGGGUCAAAGAGAAGGUCACUUAAAUGUUAAAUAAAAAAAAACCCUUGUGCAUGCGCUAGAGGCUGUAUUUUUUCAUUUGUUUCUCAUACAAUUAAGUCAGAAUGGUUGCCUGGAUAAAAUCUAGAUCGAGUUUGAAUACGAGUCAUCUAAGGUCAAAAACUAGGUCACUAGGUCAAAUCAAAGAAAAAAGAUUUUGUAUGCGAUAGAAGCUGCACUUUUCAAUUGAUUUCAUAAAAUUUGGUUAGACAAUUGUCUUGAUGAAAUCUAGGUCGAGUUCAAAUAUAUGUCAUCUAGGGUAAUAAAAAAGGUCACCAGAUCAAGUCAAAGAAAAAUGUUUUGUAUGCAAUAGAGGCUGUAUUUUUCAAUUGAUCUUCAUGAAAUUUUGUCAGAAUGAUUGCCUUGAUAAUAUCUUGGUCGAGUUUGAAUAUGGGUCAAUUAAGGUUAAAAAAUUAGGUCAUGUCAUAGAAGAUACUUUUGGUCAAAACCUAAUGAAAAUUUGCAAGAAUAUUUGUUUCCAUGAAAUCACUAGACCAAAUGUGUCUACAUUGUUAUGGUGUGUUUCUAAGGUUAGCGACCUAGAGCCAUCUUGUCCCCCUUGUUUCAUCAAUUAAG